AAGAAAUUUCGUCAACGUUCACACCCAAUGCCUUAUCCAGACCCAUGGUGCGUACCUUACAUAGAGCGUGCGGGUUUCGGUCAUGUAAUGCAUGUCGUAAAUGCCACCAUUGAUGCCAAAUUCAUUUUGGCUCUGUGUGAACGUUGGAGACCUGAGACACACACCUUUCACCUACCAACUGGUGAAUGUACCGUCACAUUAGAGGACGUGUACAUGCUUUUAGGUCUUAGAAUAGAUGGUAAGCCUGUCACCGGAAAUGUUCAACAGCCUAACCAAAUAUGUGUUGAAAUGUUGGGGGUAGAUCUGGUCGAGGGUGAGGGGUCUGCCAAAGCAAGGGGUCAGGGUAUUAAAUUAUCUAGCCUACAAUUGUACCACGACUCCAUAACUUUGACUGAGGAAUCCUCCGAACAAGAAAAAGUCAUAAAAACCCGGGUUUACAUUAUGCUAUUGUUUGGGAACUUGCUAUUUCCCGAAGGGACGGGAAAUAGCAUAAAUUUUAUGUACUUGAGUUUGCUCGGGGACAUUGAUAGAAUAAGCACAUAUAGUUGGGGUUCUGCAGUAUUAGCAUUCCUAUAUAGCUCUUUGUGUAAAAAUGCACAAAAUGAGCACUGUACAUUUUCUGGAUGUUCUUUUUUGCUUCAAACAUGGGGGUGGUGGAGAUUGCCGAGGCUAGCCCCAGAAAAUCCUAAUGACUACUCCUUCCCCUACGCAACUAGGUUCAUUACAACCGGACUGGAUUACAGUCUUACCCCCAAAAAUAAAAUUAUAUUUUAUCGUCAACUGUUGGAUCGUCUCCGAGCACAGGAUUUUAUUUGGAGGCCAUAUUUGGGAUUGGAACAUCAACCAAACCCCGAAGAUGCAGCUGUUUGGACAGCAAAAACGGCCAUAAUGCGGUUCACCACUGUGGAGAUGCACCAAAGUGACCGUGUCAAGCUUCAAUUCGGAAUGCAUCAAGACAUCCCAGGCCCCCCAAUGUCCAUGGAACCUUGGCAUCUAAAAAAAGUCAGCCACCAGUGGUAUGCCCAAAAUUGGAAGGAAUUUGCUAAGGAGUUUCGAAAAAUGUGGAAAGACCGUGCCCACUAUGUUCUACAAUUUCCGGUGGCGCCCAACGAAAUGAAGCCGACAAGGGAAUAUGUGGAAUGGUAUAGAGCAAAUACCAAUCCAGAAAUGAUUGUGUCUGACCCGUUCUAUUUGGACGAUCCCCGGAUGCAACAGCCAUAUUUCCAACAACAACAACCACCACAGUAUUCCCAACAACAACAACCACCACCUUAUUACCAACAACAACAACCACCACAACCAUUUUACCAACAACAACCACCACCACCUUAUUACCAACAACAACCACCACCACCAUAUUACCAACAACAACAACCACAACACAUGUCCACCCCCCAACCAAAUCAACAAUACAUACCACAAACUCAAUCCCAAUACCAUGAAGACUACCAACAACAAACUCAACAUUCCCACCACCAUCAACAGUCCCAACACCUACCACAAUAUCAAUCCCCCUACUUCCACCAAUCCCAACAAUUCCAACACGGCAAUUUCCCAAGCUCUUCCAGUCCUCCACCUAGCCCCGACACGGGUAUACAAGAGGACUACCAACAGGACUACUACACACCACAACAAACAUUGCACUUUGGCCAACCCGAUUCAACCCUAAACUACCAAAGACCACAAUUCGAGGGCGCACCCAGCAGUAGUCAGUUUGUCCCACCGAGACAAAGCUUCGAGGGCGCAGAGGGGACCCGUCUUUCCUACAGCACUGAAGGGACUUCGACCGAACCACAACGGCAAGCGGCAAGGGGGCGCGUUAGGGCAAGGGGUGGUAAUAGGGAAGCACCACCACCACGUGAACCGUCUAGGCGAGUAACUAGACCUCCCCCGUGCGGAUCGUACAAGGGACCGCAUCAUAUGUGAUUAAUCAUAUCUUUGUAAUAUUUGCCUUGUUUAUUAUUUAAAUAAAAAUAUUUUCUGUUUAUUA